GAGUGUGUGUUAUCUCUUCCCAUUCCCAAGUUCCUAUCUCUAUCUACCAUUCCAUUUCUCACUCACUGAUCACCGAGACUGAAACCCCAACCCUCUCACGUCUCACAAAACAUGGCACCAGGUCCCGUUGUUGACGCAUCCUCCGAGGCCGAAGCCCUCGAACAAGUUCUCUCCGCCGAAGAAACAACCUUAAAGAAGAAGCCUCAGCCGCAGGAAGAUGAUGCUCCCAUUGUUGAGGACGUGAAGGAUGAUGACAAAGAUGAAGCUGAUGACGAUGAAGAUGAGGAUGACGAUGAUGAGGAUGAUGACAAGGAAGAUGGUGCUCUAGGUGGUUCUGAGGGUUCAAAGCAAAGCAGAAGUGAGAAGAAGAGUCGAAAAGCAAUGUUGAAGCUUGGACUGAAACCUGUGACUGGCGUCAGUAGGGUCACAAUCAAGAGAACAAAAAAUAUUCUUUUUUUCAUCUCAAAACCUGAUGUCUUCAAGAGUCCAAAUUCCGAGACCUACGUCAUAUUCGGGGAGGCGAAAAUAGAGGACCUGAGCUCUCAGCUGCAGACACAAGCUGCUCAGCAGUUCAGGAUGCCAGAUAUGGGAUCUGUGAUGGCAAAACAAGAUCAAGGUACUGCAGCUGAUGGAGGGCAGCCUGAGGAAGAAGAGGAGGUUGAUGAAACUGGUGUGGAGCCGCAUGACAUUGAUUUGGUCAUGACACAAGCAGGAGUGUCCAGGGGCAAGGCCGUGAAGGCUCUCAAGACUCACAAUGGGGACAUUGUUGGUGCCAUCAUGGAACUCACUACUUAAUUGGGUUAUGUGUUCUGUUUGUAUCCCUUUUUGCAAUAAUUUUUGAACUAGUGCAAUCCUCAAGUUACUUGUAGCCAAAGACCAUACCAGCAUAUCAACCCUUUAUAUGUUUAGGCUUACCACUCCACGUCAUAAUUUUAUUGCUUUGUCUGUUUCUCAAAAUUCUGGGGUGACAUUAUGGGCAAAUUUGUUGGUUUACCUCUUCUCAAUAUUGUUCGAGAGUUGUGCCAGUUGAUUGAGUUUA